AUGGUUGAUAGCCACAUGCCUACAAGUACUAUUAGUUUUGGCCAUACUGUUAAUAACCUCUCUAAUGCUGGCAACGGCACGAGACUAUCUCAUGCGACGGAGAGUGAAUUAUUGGACCAACUGAAUGGCGAAUUAAAAAGGGCUGUCACACCCGUGACGGUUUUUGUUGGAAUUGAAAUAGUUCUUGGACUGUUUGGCAAUCUGUUGGUAUUGUAUAUGUUUAUAAAGCGUUACCAUGACUGUAACUUCCGGUACUUCGUGCUGUGCUUGGCUUUUCUGGACGUUAUAAGCACGCUGACCACGAUGCCUGGGGAGAUUCUCACGCAGCAAUACUGGUACAAGUACCCAUUUCCAACCAUCUGCAAGGUCAAGUCAUUUUUCAACGUGUUCACGGUGUCAGGGGCGGCGUUUUGUCUGUGCACAAUCGCCGUCGAUCGCUACCGGAAGGUUUGUGCGCCAUUCGGAUGGCAGAUCAGGCCUCGACACGCGAUUAUCAUGUGCGGGGCGAUCUACGGCGCGGCAUUCAUAAUUUCACUCCCGAGCUGGUUUCUCUGGGGAAUCCACCAGGACGUUAGGUUAUACAACGGAAGAAACGUUACCGUCACUAUCUGUGGAAAGGAUGCUCGUUAUGUUGACAGUAGACAUCUGUUUGUAAUCGCUACAUCAGUGGAGGUUAUACUUGGGAUAUGCCUGGUAAUCACGCUCGUUCUUUAUAUACUGGUAGCAAAGACACUCAUUUUCGAUCGCAAAUUCGCCGGGAGGAGCAAACACUCGGGCCCGCCAAUGGUCAGCAAGUCGUCAAGGUCGCAACCAGAAUCAUAUAAAAAACCCGAGAUAACUAAUUCUGACGUAUCGACCAGAAACGGUGAAUCAGCGAUAGAGUUCAGCAUAACGGAAAUGAGGUCCCCACAUGAUAGCGAAUCGGUUGCGGUCAUUGAUGUUUGUGUCUUGGACGCCGAAACAACUUGCGAGGUUUGGACGUCGGAAGAACGUCAUAUACAACAGGAUUAUCUCUCUUAG